UACGAGUUCUCGGGCAUCGUAAUUUCAACGUCGCCUCGCUCGCCUCUGAAACCGGGAACCGAGGUUUACGGCAGGACGAAUUUCCGGCGUGACGGUAACGCCCGCACAUACACGGUAGCGACGUUCAACGAAAUCGCUGCAAAGCCAAAGACCUGGAGCUGGGCUCAAUGCGCUGCGGUGCCCAUCGGUGGUCUUGUUGCAUUCCAAGCCCUUUUUAGCUUCCCCUUGCUCUUUGAGCCGACGCUGGAAGGGUGGGGUCACGCGGCCGGCCUGGAUGGACGCAACAGCAAGGUUCAUUUGCUCAUCACAGGUGCUGCUAGCCCUGCUGGGGUUUGGGCUAUCCAGCUUGCCAAACUCGCCGGCGUCCACAGGAUCGUUGCAACUUGCAGUGCUGAGGACAUCCCUUUUGUCCGCAGUCUGGGUGCCAAUGUAGCCCUCGAUUGGGCCGAGGACGGCAAUUUAAGGGGAUGGUCUGCGGAGAGCGGCGGCCAGUUCAAUGCUGUCCUCGAUCUGAUGGGUGGCCAUACUUUGACCCGUGCUUGGAGGCUUGUUCGCGACGGCGGUAAAAUUGUUAGCGUCGCCCGCGAUACUGCGAGUGCGAGGCCCGCAGGAGCCAGCAACAGCGUCUUGCAUUACAACUUUGUUCUGGCAAACUGUCCAAGACAUUUGAAGACUAUUGCCUACCUUGCGGACACCGGGCACCUGAAACCCGUCUUGGAUCCUGAGGACAUUUUUGAGUUUGACGACUUCGAGGCCGCGCUGCAGAAGCUGCGGAACCACCGGCGCGGCCAAGUGGUCCUGCAGCUG